UCGAAUGCGUGUUUACACGACGUAAGCUGUCGGCACCUAAACCUUGUUUUGAUUUUAACACGUCUCGUCUUUGGUAAAGGAGCAGUAGCCUUGUACUUAGGUUCAAUUUGUAAACACGGCUAAACAACCCAGCGCUGUCGAGUUAGUUUAACAAAGCGGGAGUUUGACUGUAAAUGCGUGGCCAUUAGCGUGUGACGCUAACACGUCUAACGUUCCCCUGCAAACGAGGGAGAAAAGUUUCGUGGACCUUUUCAUUGCAGACGAUAUGUAGAUACUGAAUCCAGACUGUACUGCUUUUAGUGGACUAAACCACCAUACGACAACAUUAUGCCUAACUUGGCUAUUUACGGUACUCCAGCGAUACUGAACGAGAUAUUUCGAAAUAACAGCAGCGCCAGUUGUUUUAAUAAACACUACGAAGCGUCGCAACUUCUCACCUGGCUGUGUUAGUAAAAUAUUGACUGGCUUCUCAAGUGAAAUAGUAAAAAGUUGGAGGACUCAUCUAGCCUGCAACGUCGAUGAAAGCCAGAGCAGCAAGAUGAAGAAGCAGAGGGAGAGCCAGUGCACUCAGAAGACUAUCUCAUUGCUGAGCCCCCUGGGGGAGAUCCAAGUCAGUGGAUGUGAGAAUGGUGUGCACACCAUCCAGAUCCUAAUGGAUGUCGCACCUGCUGAAAGGAGCAGCGACGGCGACGAGGCCUCUUCCUUAUGCUGUGUGGUCAACGACAGCCCGGCAGAAACGAGUCCCGAGUUGCAGCGCGGUGUUGAAUGGCUCCAGGCGUACUUCGGCGAGCCGCACACCGUUGGGAGUCUCCCUCUCCCUGCCUUUCACCACCCCGCCCUGCAAGGAGAUGCGUUCACCAGCCGCGUGUUGCAGAUACUUCUGAAGGAUGUGAAGUUUGGAGAGACGGUCUCCUACAAACGACUCGCUGAGAUGGCGGGAAACCCCAGGGCGGUGCGAGCAGUGGGAGGGGCCAUGAGGAGGAACCCGGUUCCUCUCCUCAUCCCCUGCCACCGAGUCAUCUGCAGCAGUGGACAGAGCGGGUCAUACAUGGGCGGCCAGGCCAACCAAGUCAAACAAUGGCUGCUCACCCAUGAGAGGCUAAGAGGUGAAGGCUAAAGUACGACACAGCCCAACUGUCCUUCAUUCAGCGUAAACACACACACACACCCACACAUGCCAUGCCUUGUUUUUAUUACACGAAACAGGGCCAUAAAAUGCAGCAUGCUUGGCACAUGCUAUGGAACAACUGGAGCUACUUGUAAAUAUUCGGCUUAAACUUUUGUUUUUUUAUUAUUAUGUUUUUAUUUUUAAACCUAAGCACAGAGAUGCUGCAUAGUUAAUGUGAUACAGAGUUGUUGCUGAAUUAGAAUGUACAAAAAUAACUUAAACAGAGAACAGUAAGAAUUACAAACAUAUGCUCCCAUGGGUUCAGUUCUGUUUGCCAGAUAUUGCUGGAAUGGGUUUUCUAAAGAAUUAUUAUUCCCUUAAAAAUAUGUCUCUUGCAUUGUUGUUGUUUUUUUUUUCCUCCUAAGCAGAAUUGGUCUUUGUACCUCUCGUUGGUUAUUUAAUUUCCUGCCAAGUGAAUGCUUUGUUCAACAUCCAGUAAUAAAGGCUCUGAAUUUUACUGCUACAAAGCUUUGUUGUGAGGCAUUUGUUUUGUCUUCAUUUAGAUCCCAUUGUUUGCUCUUGCCUUAUAAUCCACCUAGAUGCUUGAUGCUGUAUGCAGAAUGUAUUUUUUUGUCAUGCAAUGCGUGUUUCAA